GGCGACGGACAGCGCCUAACCAUCCCCAGAUCUGCGUCCACUCGACUGCGGUGUCGUGGGAAGAGGAGGCUGUGCGUGCCGGCCCGCCUCUCUCGAUUGGCCUCUCUGGAGGAGGCCAUCUCGCACUGGAGAUAAGGACAGAGAUGUCGCGUGCGUCCGAGCCGAGGAGUCAGGGUCAGCUGCCAACACUGAUUCACUACCACUUGCCUGGCGACAAGGACGACCCCGACCAUCCCAAUGCCUUCCCCAUCCUCAAGAGCCCGGAGGAGAUCAAACUCAAGGACGUCAAGCAGAAGUUCCCGCUUCCUGGAGUGUACCACUUCAGGUAGGUACGCACUGAUGCGUGGCGACUGAGGCAGCAAAGAGAUGGUUUGUUUGCUCACGGUGACUGUGCGGCUGGUGUGGCUGGUUGUGUGUCCGUCUCUGCGUGGUGGUUGUGUGUGAUAGGUUCAAAUAUCGUCAGGAGUCAUCGUUUGUGUGGAUUGAUGUGACAAAUGAUGACUCGAGAGUGCCCAUGUUCAACCAGAAAGUCGUCGCAAAGGUACAGACGGACCAGACGCACCUGACACACCCCGCCGACACGACACGUGUGUUGCUCUCCAUCGCAUGGUCCUUUCUGUCCGACCAGGUGCUGCGGAUAUCAUGGCACUCCGACAAGGACCACCCCGGCAAGAAGCGCCCCGACAGCAUCAUCGCCCCCAAGGCCUCAUCGUUCGCCGCCCCUCACCCCUCCCCACCCCCCACCUCCCACGCCACAGCAAACACCACAACCAUCGGCAGCCACGCACCGCAACAGGCAGACACGUCCACAGGCACCACUGGCGGACACAGAGACGAGCGGAGCGACGCGGGCGGGCCGUCGCGGCCGGCUAACCUGGGGCCGGCAAUGUCCAACGAGAACCUGAUUGGUCUUGACAUGGGUGGCGGUGGCGGUGCGGGUGCAGGCAGCGGGGGAAACCAGGCGGACAUGCUGAUUUUUGACACGGCACCCGCAAGUGGCGCAAACAAAGGUAGGUAGAUGGGCGGGCAACACAGGGAGGGCUUUCACAAUGACCGACCAAUGGGAGGAAACCAUGUGUGAUGUGUGUGCGUGUGUGUGCGUUCAGCGUCUGGCGGUGUGCCGCGGACUCCCUCUCCCCAGCCGUCUCCCCAGCCCAAACCCACCCCCGGCAAACACGAUGACUUCGAUAUGUUCUUCGGUCAGCCACAUUACAUUAGCACUGAACACAACCCCACACACAAACACAAGGCUGGAGGUGCAGUGAGCGCGUGAUGCGAUGCCCGUCGAUGGAUGGAUGGGUGUGGGCGUGUACAGGACGGUGAACUAGGGCCAUCCCCUCUCACUCCUCUCUGUGCCAUGAAGCAAUUGCUCAUCGUCACAUGGGCCUGUCAGCGGAUACGACAACAGGCUUCUCUGCCGCACUACACAGACACAGCACGGCCCUUGACGCUCGUGAGAGCGGUUACGGAUGAUAAGCGGCCUGUACUGACGUGAGUGAGCUCUCUGGAUGGAUGGAUGCGUGGCGUGUGACACACAACUUGUUUGUUCCUCUGCCUGCCAACACCUGGCCAACUCACGAUGUGAUGCG